UAUUAUCUCCGCGCCUGCAGCUAACCGUUGACUACAGUAACAUCUUCGACGCACUUGCGCCCCCUUUGCAUGAGCAGUUGUUGCUGGUGUUUUCCCUCCAUAAAAAGUGCAGCUAUAUAAGUUGUAGAUAUACAUCUCGUCCCACUCUUCAGAAUGGAUUCUGAUUUACUGAAGAUAGAGGAAAUCGUGAUGGGAGGUGGGGAGACUGCUGCCCCUGCUGACGCGAGCGCUGAGAAAGUGGGGACACCAUACACCACAAUCAUCAUCCAGGAUCCUCCUCCAGCCCCUGUCAUUCAGCCCUACCAGCACGAGAGCUUGCAGUGUUUCCAGUGUUUUAUAACCUUCUGUAACUCUAAAGCCAAGGAAAGGCAUAUGAAGAAGAGUCACCGUGAAGAAUACAAACAACAACUGCAGCAGUGUGACACACUCUUCACCUGUUAUGUGUGUGAUCGCACAUUUCCAUCUUCUGAAGAACUGACACUGCAUCAGUCUACUCACAACAAGGAAGACAAGCCCUUCAAGUGUGCACACUGCAGAGAGUGUUUCCGUACAUUCUCAGAGUUGACCACACACCGGCGGCAGGUGUGUCCUGAGCGUCAGUUUGUGUGUAAAGAAUGCAACGAGACAUUCCGGAGUCCAGCACUUCUCCGUGCACACCGUCUAGCCCAGCACCCUGCACCCCCAGAUGGAGACGACACUGACAAUCCAAGUAAAACCUACCGCUGUGGUAAAUGUGGCAGGGGAUUUGAAGAGGAGUCUGAGCUGCUGCAACAUCAAGAAAACCAUGCGGCAAACCAGCACUGCAAUGGCAGCGGCCCUGUCAAGAGGCGCGGCCGGCCUCCUAAAGCUGAAACAAGCUCAGCAACUGGAGAAAAGAAGCAAAAAUUGGGCGAAAAUGAAAUGGCAGAGAAGUCGGAGGAUGCACCCCCAGCAGCUGAGGCAAAACCUAAAACAGUGGGAAGGCGAGGACGGCCACCAAAAUCUGCCUCACAGGAUCCCAGAGCUGACGAAGACAAAUCUGACAGUAAAAAAACAAAGGCGGCUUCUCCAACAGCUCGCCACGUCCCAUGCCCAGAGUGUGACCUUGUUUUCUCUACACCAGCUCAGUUCCGGGUGCAUAAGAAAGAGAAGCACACACAGCGCAAGGCACAUCCCUGCCAAGAAUGUGAGGAGAGCUUUAACCGUGCUGAGCAGCUGGAGGCCCACAUGGCCCGCGCGCAUAAGGCUGGCCGUUACUCCUGCUCAACAUGUGGCAAGAGCUUUGGCAGAGAGAGCAACCUUAAAGCUCACCAACAGAGCCAUGGGAAGGAGGAUGAGAAAUCUGCUGGGGGUGGCAAGAGAUAAGCUGUGCAUAAGGGAGGAAUGAGGCUUUGACAGAAAGGGGUUAGGUUUUCAAGGUUUGCAAAGCAGACGAAAGACAAGAAAAACAUGUUUUGGUUUAUAGGUUGGAGACAGGCUUGAGAUGCUUUGAGUGGAUGAGACUCUUUAGAGUUUUAUGUGGAAACUGGAAACCCGAAAGUCCCAUAUGGCUUCCUCAUUUCAUUUUGACAUGUUUUUAUAGCUGUGGCAUAGUAUAUGGUUUGGGCCACAAUUUAAAAUAUAUAACACAAUCAAAUUCGUGUCUCACAUAUGCCAGAAUUGUAGGGGCAUGAACCUGAUUUAAAAAAAAAAAAAGCCCACUCAUACCCCUUUUCCACCAAAUCAGUUCCAGGGUUGGUUCUGGGCUGGUGCUGGUUCACAACUCGUUCAACUUGUAAGCCAGCUGAGGACCAGUUUGCUUUUCCAUAGCUCGCGGUGCUAAGGGGAGCCACGUCAUUACGUCGCUGUAUACGUCAGUUACGUCGCUACGUUUGCAUAAACCUUGGCGCGAAUAUCAAAGCAAAAACAACACGGAAGAAGCAGCAGCAACAAUAAUAAUGGAUGACUUCGCGUUUGUACAGCUGCUGCUUCUCGUCGCUUAAAAAUGGCGAUCUUUCGCGGUCUUGUUAUUGUUGUUGGUCUUAACAACUCCGCCCCCCUGCUGAUGUAAGCGGUUCUUUCCUCUCACCCAGCAGAGAGUUGGUGCUAGCCUGGAACCGGUUUUUCUGGCCCCAGAGCCAGUUCUUUGUCAGUGGAAACAGAAAACCCGGUUCUAAACUAAGCACUGGCCCUGAACCAGCCCUGGAACUGAUUUGGUGGAAAAGGGGCAUCAUAGUGAAAGGCUUUUCAUUUGGCUUUUAUUCAAAUAUUUUUAUGUAAUUUUUAUAAAUAUCAUGAGUGAGUUUUUACAUAAUUUUUAGAAGUUUGGGAAGAAAGGUAUAUCUGAAUGGAAUUAGUCUUUCCUGAUGGCAAGCAUCAAUUGGCGAAUUAGCAGAUUAUUUAAUUUCCUGUUGCACCACAAGAUGUUACUUUUAACUUUGUUACCUGUGAUGAGAGAUUGAGUUGUGUAAUAAGAGACGAAAUGAUUAGCCAUGUUACCCAUGUGUGUUUUUUUUAAAAUAGAUGUAUAAAAAAUAAUUUUGUUUAUAAUCUGUGGCUCCUAAUCAUGAUGACCCAGCAAAAAUGACAUGUACAGAACCUGUUCCUUUGUAGAAGUGAAUUCAGUCUUUUUCCAGCUGCUUGUUUUGAGAAGAGAUGCCUGACCUAACAUUUAUGAGCUAACUUUUUAAUGGUGCACAUGUAUUCUUUAAGUCAUUAAAACUUUAACCAGCA